AUGAAACCUUACUAAACACCUACAUCAUGUCAUUCUCGUAAGGGGAGUUUGAAGGUUCAACGUCAACCUCUUUAAGUUAUAAGUAAUUGUCCAGAAUAUCAAUAAUGUGCUAAUUAUUUAUAAGAUAAAGUUUAAGGAUUGGAGUUGAGAGUGAAAAAUCUUAAUAGUUAACAUGCAGAUAGAUCGGCUACUAAAUCAAAAGUAGAUAUACCUUUAUCACCUUUUAUGAAUUAAAAGAAAACCUGUUAAUCUAAUUAAAAAAUAGAUUCUUAGAGUUUUUAUGAGACCAUCAUCAAUAAAAGAUUAGAAAAUAUUAGCAAGAUUGAUCAUUCUCCUAAACAUGUUAAAACUGAUUAAGCCUUUAUUAUUUAAGAUAAAUUUUCAACACAUAGUUAAUUAUCUAAUUUAAGUCAUUAUUAAAGUAAGUUACAUAGUAAUAGUAUAUUGAGAAUACAACAAUUAACUAAGAAACUAAGAAAGUUUAAAAUGAUAAAGGAUUAAAAUUAAGAUGAAUGUGCACCUUCUCUUGCAAAAAUUAAAUGUUUUUGUUAAGAACAUUGUAAUGAUUGUUUCGAUUUCUAUAGAUGUACAGAUUUAAUUACUUUAAAAUAUUUUAUUUAUUUAUUGUUAUAAGAGAUUAAUACACUUUAUAGUUAGGAUGCAAUCAAAAUGGCAGAUAAUUCAUUAUAAUAUCAAUAACAAAUUGAAAUGCUCAAAGAAUAAUUAGAUCUUUAGAAAUCUGAUUAAUUAACAUUUUAAAAUUAAUUAAGGUUAUAAAAGAUGGUUGUAGAUACUUAAAAAUUAAUUUAAGACAUUAUUAAUGCCUUAUCAUCUAAAUAAAAUAAUAGUUUAUUAAUAAAUUAAGUUGAAGUUUUAAAUAAAUAAAUGAAAGAUCUCAAAGACAAUAUGUCUACAAAUUAAACUUAAAAUUAUCUCUCUUAAAAUACAACAUCUUUUGGAUAAUAACUUGCUAAAUGUGGAUUUGAUACUCAUUAAUAACAUUAAAUUAUGACUAAUGAAAGUUCCUUAAUAAAUUAAUCUAAUUAUUAGACUUAAAUUAGAGAUGAUAGAAAUUUAUCAUAAUUAAGUUCCAAAUCCAAAUCUCCUUAUUAUAGAAAUUAAAAAAAUCUCAUUUAUGAUUACGAAUCAUAAAAUGAAUAAAAUAAAAGAUUAUUGGAUGAACAAACUAUAAUUAAUAGAUAAUUGAUGGAAAAUCUAUUUAAAUUGUAAACUGAAAAAUAAUCUAAUGAAUAUAAGGUUAUAUAAUUAUAAGAUGAAAUCAAAUAAAAGACUAAAUUAAUUAAAGAUCUAGAAAAGAAUGUGUAAUCAGAAAAUUCUAAUACAUAUAAUAAUCUUAAUCAAAGAAUAAUUGAUAUUAGUAAAAAUUUAGAUUAAGUUUUGAUAAAAAAUUAAGAAUUGACUUAUGAAAACAAUCAUUUGCGUGAAAAAUAAGAUGAAUUAUAAAAGAAUGAAUAAAAUUAUUAUGAUUUGUAAUAAGAUUUCAAUAAAUAGUAUUAGUAAUUAAAUGCAGUUUUAAAGGAGAAUUUCAAUCUUUAAAAAUUGAAUCAAUAAAUUGAAGUAAUUUAUAUUUAUUAUUCAUUAGAGUGAUUGUAAGAAUUAUUAAUAAUAAAUAUUGAAAUUUCAAGAAAAAUGUUAAAAUUAGUAUGCUCAUCUAGAGAAUUAACAAGAAAUUGAAUAUAUGGAGUAAUAAAUUAAAGAAUUGUAACUUCAAUAAAAGGAAUAGUGUAAAAUAAUUGUAAAUUUCUUAUUCAAUUUCUAUAGACUUUAAUUACAGAUGAAGCAUUAUAUUUAGGUUAGGUCACACUAUAUGCUUGUGAUAUUUUAUCUAGACAAUCAAAUGAAGGCAUACCAACUACAUUAUUAAUGUUAUAAAAAGAUUUAAAUGCAAAAAAAAGCACAAUAUAAUAAAAGAUGAAUAUUCUAGAGUAAUUUGGAAAUAAUUUGAAAUUAUAAGAUGUUUUACCUCAUAAUCAUAAUUAAAUGCCAGAUAGCAUAGAUUAUAAUAAAGAGAAACUUAAUAGUGAGACAUCUACUUUAAGGUAAAAGAAUCUUAGUUAUUAUGAUGAAAAAUCAAAUACUGUAAAUUAAAAUAAUUAAUAAAAUGAGUUAAUGACUAUGUUAUUACUUUAAUGUAAUAUCAUUGAAAAAAUGAUGGAAUUUUGA